AUGUCGGAGGCGUUCGUGCUCUCGGACUUCGAGGACGAGGACGCCGCGGGCUACUACUUCGAUCGCGACAGCGACGACAAGGUCGAGCAGCGCGUCGCCGCGCGCGAAUCGAUGGACGAGGACAGCGACGACGAGGACGUGGACGCCGAGGGGCCCCGCGCGCGCGACGACGACGACGACGACGACGGCGGCGGCGGUGGCGGCGGCGGCGGCGACGAGGAGGAGGAGGAGGAGGAGGAGGAGGAGGAGGAGGUCGUGGUCGAGGACAGCGACGACGAGGACGUUGAAGAUAUAAGUCGACUCCUCUCUGCGCUCCGCGAGGCGCGCGUGUCCUACGACCGGGAGGUCCUCGGCGUCUUCGCGGACCUGGUGCCCGCCGACGCGGCCACGUCCUUCUUCGAGCAGCACGCGGGCAAGGGGGCCCGGGAUAAGGCCGGCAUCGUCCCGGACUUCAAGCUCGUGCCGGGCGGCCGCGCCGCGCAGCUCGCCGACGUCAAGACCAUCGGCUUCGCCAAGUCGCGCUACGGCCGGUCGCCCGCCCGCAGAGGCGGCACCUUGCCGUGCGACGAGCGCGCGGGCAUCAUCAACCGCGAGUACCGCCUGCACGCCGAGAAGCUCGACAAGAAGUUCUACCCGGACGAGGCUUCGCCGGGUCCCUUCGAGCGCCGCCUCGGAUCCUUCGGCUCCGUCGUCGGCUUCGCGUUCCACGGCGUCGAGUCGCGGACCAUCGGCGAGCGCGGCUCCGCAUCGAAAUCAAAUAUUCAAUCGGACUACAAUGUGCGGUUGGAACGGCGGCUGGAUCAAGGACUGCUUCGGCCACAGUACCACAGCUUGGCGGACGCGUGCUUCGCGCAGGUAUCGGACGCCGCGUUCGCGUCGUGCGAGCGGAAUGGCGUCGGCCCGCGCGGGACUCCGCGGCGCCGGCGCGCGGCGGGGACGUGCGUGGACGCGUUCAAGGGCAAGUGCGAUUUGGCCAUCUCUGGCGGCGCCCACCCUGCGGACUGCUGCUGGACGCUCGCCGGCUCCGUGUGCUACCUCAAGACCUGCGACAAGUUCGCGACGGCCGCGCGCAUGCUGGGCCAGAAUCUGCAAGCCGACUUCAAUGCUACCGGCAUACCGGCGUCCUACCGCAUUUACUCGAUUAUAUUAUUGUAUCUUCCAUGUUCAAGUGGUGGGAUACAUUCCGUGGAGAAAAUAUCUUAA